CAGUACUCACGACGCACAAGUCAGAGUUAUCUCUACUUGUUUCCUAUAAUUCUUGACCUUAGUUUCGGGACUAAUUUGUUGGCAUAUGUUGUCAUUCAUGUAAGAUAAAAAAGAAAAAAGGAUUAUAAAUCAUAGAACUAGAACAGUAAACCGUUUCUUUGUCCAAACAUAAGAGAGUUAUUCCUUUCAUGCUCCGGACUGUAGCCAAAGUCAUAGUGCCUCAUGGAUCUCUACUGACAAGUUCUGUUCUGAAUGGCCUUGUUCGGCGUCUUAAGCCGUAAGCUAUGUCGUACCAACAGAGUCCGGCUGGUCAUAUUCGCUGUGCCCACUGUGUGGCUGAUGACCAUGAUGUGGACACUUUACUGGGCACAGGGGCUACAGAGUAUGAAGCUUCAGGACAGACAAGAACAGACUACUACCAUCUCACCCGAGACGACAGCGGCCAAGAUGGACACAGCACCUCUGAAUGACGAGGUUGUGGAACAAAUCGCCCCCGAUGCUGAUGCCAGAUUUGGCGGAAUACCUUCUGACGAGAAGUCUUUCAAUGGGCAAGAGAAGAAUCAAAAUUUUAUUCAGGACAUUGUCGCCGAUAAUUAUGGCGCCGAGAUGCUAAUAGAGACAGUUGAUGACAGAGGCAGAGGGCUCAACCAAGACACGAAUGGCAUACGUCCUGACGAUAAAAAUGAAUUCCUUGCAGACGAUCGUGACCCGGAUAUUGGAAACUUUGCUGAUCAUGGUCAAAUAUUGGAUCAUUAUGAAGUAACACCUGGCAAUGCGAUUAUUAAAAAGGCUAUUAAACCCGGAGUACGAUUCGACCCACCUAAAUUAGGUGAGGGAGGUAGAGCGGUGAAGAUAGUGCCAACUGAGUUAGAUGAGAUCGAACGAGCCAAGUUUGAUGAAGGAUGGAAGAACCAUGAAUACAAUGAAUAUGGUAGUCAACAGAUUUCAACUCAGAGAGAAAUACCAGACUUUAGAAAUCGGAAAUGUAAAGAAAAGCAGCAUUCAGAGAGUUUACCAAAAGCCAGCAUCAUUAUAUGCUUCUACAAUGAGGCUUGGUCUGUAUUGCUACGUACCAUCCACAGUGUCUUAACCAGGUCACCACCACAUCUUGUUGCAGAGGUUAUUUUAGUGGAUGAUUAUUCGGAUAUGGCAUUAAUGAAAAAACCACUAGAGGAAUAUGUUUCCCGAAUAGCCAAACUUAGACUAAUACGUAUGACCAAAAGGUCUGGCCUAGUCAGAGCUCGACUCGCAGGAGUCAGUGAAGCUACUGGACCUGUCUUAUUGUUCCUAGACUCUCAUGUGGAGUGUGCAGAAGGUUGGUUAGAGCCUCUUCUUGAAGCGAUUGCUGACCACCCUAAAGCUGCAGUGACCCCAGAGAUUGAUGUGAUUGAUGAUAAAACAUUUGCCAUACAAGCCUCAGUGGGUAACAUUGGUGUCCUAGAGUUUAAGUCAUUCUCAUUUGACUGGGCCCCGAUUACACCCAGACUAAGAAGACUCAGAAAUUCUAUUGCAGACCCUGUCAUGUCACCUACCAUGGCUGGAGGACUGUUUGCUAUUAGAAAAGAUUUUUUUAUUGACAUGGGCACAUACGAUGUUGGUUUGGAAUUAUGGGGAGGAGAGAACAUAGAACUUUCCCUAAAGCUCUGGUUGUGUGGAGGAGGGAUUCUGAUCCAUCCAUGUUCACGGGUAGCUCACAUAUUUAGAGAGUCCUCUCCGUACCUCAAAGGAGACAAAAGUAAUGUUUUGGUGAAGAAUUCUGCUCGAGUUGCACAAGUAUGGGCUGAUGAAUAUCGUAACUUUUUUUUCAAGGAACCUUAUGAUGAGGAAAAAUAUGGCAGUGUAGCAGAGAGACAAGAAUUGCGUGCCAAGCUAAAUUGUCACACAUUUGGCUGGUACUUAGAUCAUGUUUACCCUGAGAUGUAUAUAAAGGGAUCUGGAAAAUAUCUAGGUUUGAUUCAAAGUAAAUCUGGCAAGUGUAUUCACAGAUCCAGUUCAGACCCAGACUCACCUUUAACACUAUCAGACUGUAGAAAAGCAUUGCCAUGGGAAUUUACUCGCAUGAAUGAAAUAAGAUCUUCCACCUUAUGUUUUGAUAGGCAUCAACAAGACCAGUUUCUAAUAUCACAAACAUGUACUUUAGACAAUUCAACACAAUCUUUUCAGUAUGUGAAGAAUGAAUUAAUCUACCAUCUACCAACCAAGUCUUGUCUGACUGAAUCUUCUGAUGGGUUUUAUAUUACAUUCCAACCUUGUACAUUAGCAAACAACCAGUUAUGGAAGUGGCCAAAUAAUCUCAACUAUAUUUCAACAGUCAAAGACAGCAGAUAGUCUUUAGUAAAGCUAAUUGUUAAAUUUGUGAAAUAUAUGCCAUGACAGUAGGGUAAAUUAUUGAUAGAUGUGCAUCUCUUUGACAUUCCCACUGGGUACUAUUAAAGGUUGUUAUUGUUAUUUUGUAAUUCUGUCUGUGGUUGAAGUAAAUAAGAUAUUUCUAUAAGUGUCUUAAGUUUUGAAUUAAGCAAAUCAGUUGAUAUUAUUAUAAAGCUUUUGAUAAUUUUGAAAACUGUAAAGUAGACUAAUGCUUGAAAAAUCUUUUCAUAGAAAAAUAUUAAAUAGACAGGUGUACAUUUACAAGUUUCAGCUCAUACAUAGGCAAAACACUGAAAGUAUAGAUUUUCAAAGUUGUUCAUUUUAUAAGCAAAACACUAAUAAUAUGAAUUUUUCAAAGUUGUUCAUUUUAUAAGCAAAACCCUAUAGGUAAGGAUUGUUCAAGUGGUUUGUUUUCCUGUGCAUAUCCAAAAUUUCAGUUUUAAUUUUUUUUUCUUUGUUUUUACUUCAUAGAUCAAUUAAAAACCAAAUCACAUAGUUUUCAAAAAGAUAAAACACCUUUGCAGACCUGCCUCUGUUUCAAGGGACAUCAAUGGGGAAACAUGUAGUUGUCAUUAAUUGUAUUGGUUCUGACAUUUGUUUCCCUUCCAUUGUUCCCUUAAUAAUGUGGUUGUGAAUCUCAAGUUUGACUGAAUGAAUGUUUGUUGUAUACAAGCUAACUGAAGCAAGCAUAAUUCAUCGAGUUUUUCAACUAAAUACAUUUUAAUAAAUAAUUCAAAAUAUUAAUCUAUUUGUAAAAAAAAAACCUGAGAACUCUCAGUGUUAAAUCAUUUUUAGCGGCCCCCGAAAGGGGAAAAGACGCUAUUAGUUUUGUGUGAAAUGUCUGUCCCUCUGUCCAGUUUAGAUCUCGUAAACUAGAAAAGAUAUUGAAAAUCCGACAUCACAAUAUUUUAGACCUUUCAAAGUUCUGAUGCAACGGCUACUUUUUUUUUUCCUGAAAGCGAGAAAUCUAAUUUUUAAAAUCAGUUAUGCAAGUAUUUUUUUAAAGAGAAAAAGCUAAUUAGUAUGCAUUAUAAGUUAGACCUAAUUUAAAACGAAUAUUAAUCUUAUAAACUUCAUUUUCCUAAACCUUUUUUGUUGUGGAAUUUAUUUUUUUUUUAGGAUUUGAAUAAGAGAUUGAGCCUUUAAAAAAAAAAAUAGAUUAUUAUAAGACAUCAGUUAGGCCAGAGGAGGCGCGGUGGCUGAGUGGUAAAGCGCUUGGCUUCCGAACCUGGGGUCCUGGGUUCGAAUCCUGGUGAAGACUGGGAUUUUUAACUUUUGGAAUCUUUGGGCGCCUCUGAGUCCACUCAGCUCUAAUGGGUACCUGACAUUAAUUGGGGAAAAGUAAAGGCAGUUGGUCGUUGUGCUGGCUACAUGACGCACUCAUUAACCGUAGGCCACAAAAACAGAUGAACUUUACAUCAUCUGCCCUAUAGACCACAAGGUCUGAAAAGGGAACUAGUUAGGCCAGGUUCACAUCUAACUUUACAAUCACUUUCACCUAUCCUUUGAUGUGGUGGACCGUUGGGGCACUACACAAGAUCUGUUAACCUUCUUUCUCCAUUCUUAUCUCUCAUGUGUAUUUGAUAUAAUUUCAUUCGGAUGUUCUUUCUGAAAAUAUUGAAGCCUGCCUGGGUGGACCACUUGGGGGGCCGAUUUUGAGUUUGUGUUUCCACACAAACUGUCUUUUGUAACCUUGUUUGCUAUUGUGAAGUAUUUAUUCACAAUUUAUAUAACCUUCUCUGUAAUUUCUGGUUUUAUUGGGCACUCUAAAAAUGUGUUUUAAUGUCUUUCGUAUAGUCUAGUGGUGAAAACAUAAUUGUCAAAAUAAUAUUAGAACUGGAAAAAACAAAUAUAUUCAUAUUUCUUUUAAAACUAUUUAAAAAUUGGUACCAGUACUGCAUGAAAAAUGAUUACUUGAAGUCAAGCUAUUUUGUCUGUUGUAGUAACUUCAUCUAAUGUUAUGAAAGACAAAUGCUAGAAAAAUGAAAGUUUGUUGAUAGUAACAGAUAAGCUUUUGAAAUGAAACUAUCCAAAAAAAAUGUUAAUUUCACAUUUUUAUCAUUUUGUUUGUGAUAAAUGACAUCACAUUUAGAAGAUUUAGGUCUAUGUAAGGAUUACUCUUUGAAGGAUGUCGAAAGAUAAAGCAUAUUAAUGUGUGAAUUGUUUCUUUCUGUUGACAUGAGAUUCAAAUGCAGUCUUAGUUGUUUUUUUUAAUAUUGAGGAAUAAUACCUAAAAAGUACUGUGUACGUUUAUGAGAUAAACUAUUUUCCUAGCCGACUAAUGUUUCAAUAAAACAGUUUAUGUGGUCAGCAGAAAUGAUUUAAUUCAAACAGAAAGUGAAACUGAACAAAAAAAUUUUUUUUCUUCUGAUUUUUACUUUCUAAAUAAAUGAGGGAUGAUUACAAAUUUGAGCAUUUUGUUAAUUUUU